UGAAAAAACUAUACUCAAUACUAAAAACUUUUCUUUGACAGUUGGUAACUGGCAAAAGAUUCGAAAUCGACUGUACUUCUCAGCUCAAUGUUCUCAACUCAAUUAAUUAAAUGCUGCCUAAAUAUGGAAUAUAUACAUAUAUAGAUACUGGAACAUUUAUUAGAUAACUACAGCUUUAUCUUUAGAAUUGAUUGUCAAUGAAUCUGUAAGCUGUAACUGAAGACACUGUCACGUACAGGAAAUAAUGUUAGUUGCAUUGUGCACUGUGGACUGUGUCCUCUUACGGCACGUGGGAAAAAUACAAUCAAAUCUACUGUGCGUUCUGUAGAUCAUUAUAACCUAAAAACGUUACAUUAUGCAUAAUCAAUCUGUGAGAAGUACUCUUUGAACGUAGUGUAACAUUAAGAUAUAAUUCAUUGAAACGUCAUUUGCAGUUGUCACUGCCAGAAUGGCAAUAAUGAAAGUAUUGUUAAGGCCAAACGUCACGAGGUUUACGGGGGUCAGACAAUUAAGUUCUAAGCCAAAAUUUGGCUUUCUCUUUGAUAUUGAUGGUGUAAUAGUACGUGGAAAAAAUGUAUUACCACCUGUGCCAGAGGCUUUCAAACAACUUCAAGGAAAAGAUGGCAAAUUUCGAGUACCAACUGUAUUUGUUACAAAUAGUGGAAAUGCUUUGCGUAGCCAGAAAGCAGCAGAUUUGUCCAGAUGGAUAGGAUACGAAGUAAAAGAAUCCCAAGUGAUCAUGGCUCACUCACCAUUAAGAUUAUUUGAACAAUUUCACAAUAAGCAAAUGCUAAUAUCUGGGCAAGGUCCGAUCAAAGAAAUAGCUAAGGAACUAGGUUUUAAAAAAUCAGUAACUAUACAAGAAUUAGUUAACAAUUUCCCAUCGUUAGAUUAUGUAAAUAUGGAGAAAAGAAAUCCAAAAUGUGGACCAAUAGAUCCAAAUUUUCCUGCAAUAGAGGGUAUUGUCUUAUUUAGCGAACCGGUUUCUUGGGAAACUCCAUUACAAUUGAUAGUGGAUCUUUUAAUGACUAAUGGCAUGCCAGUUGGUUUGCUUGAUGAACUUCCUUAUCCACACAUUCCAGUCUUGGCAUGUAAUAUGGAUUUAUUAUGGGUGUCUGAAGCACCAAUUCCUAGAUACGGUCAUGGUGCUUUUCUAGUGUGUCUUGAAUCUUUGUACAAGAAAAUCACAGGGAAAGACUUAAUGUAUUCUGCUCUAGUCGGAAAACCUAGUGUGAUCACUUAUUAUCAUGCAACUCAUAUUCUCUGUGAGCAUGCUAAAAGUAUUGGAAUAGAUCACAAUGUUGAUACAAUAUAUGCUAUUGGGGAUAACAUCAAUACUGACAUUUUUGGUGCAAAUUUGUACGAUAAAUAUUUGUCUCGUUGCGCAAAGGAAGAAACAUUACAGUCUGACAAAGUAAAAAAGAUACUUGGAAAGGAUGUCAAACCGCCUGGCACGAAAGCUUGUAUCAGUAUUUUAGUGGAAACUGGUGUUCAUCAACGAGAUUCGAAUUUUAUACCGGAGCAUAGUCCUAGAGAUUUCUUACCAGUUGAAGAUGGUUUAUGCAAACCUGCAUUCGUAAUGAAAGACGUCGGUGAAGCUAUUAAUCUUGCGUUUAAGGAAGAAAAAUUCGACUGAAUUAUUAGAUAAAAGAUCCUUUUAGGCUUGGAGUGUUCACAUUCUCAUAUUGAUUAAGUCAGAGAAAGUAAAUAAUUGUAGAUUUAUCUUUGCUAAUGCAAAUAUUACGUUUAUCUUCUUAGGAACUAUUCUUCUUUUGAAAGUAGAAUCAUUAGGAAAUUGAUUACUUUGUAUUCGUUUUAGACACUUUUGUUUGCCAUUUUUAUUGAAUGAUCAUGUUUAGGUACCAAUGAUAUAUACAAUUAAUAAUUAUGUUUAGGAACCAAUGAUAUAUACAAUUAAUAUGUACCGAGAAUUUUAGGUACAGUUAAAAUAAUUUUUCAACCUAUAUAGAAUUUUAUCUAUAUUUGAAACUUCUAUAAUUUAUAUUAUAUUAGUAUCUAGAAAAUUAUUCAAAAAUAGCGGUGUAUAUAAUAUAUAUACACGUACAUUAUGAAAAGAUAUAUACACACACAUAUAUUUACUUGUGUAUAUAUAUCAAGUUUUAAUUUUAUGUUUUCGUUGAUUUAUUAUAUUAUUAAAUUUUGACGUCUCGUUCAUGGUGUUCUAGAGUGAUUUUAUCAUGCCGUGAUAGUAAUUCAUACUUACCAGUGGAGAAUAAAUCCGUGUAGGAAGCGAAGCGCGUAUCGUGCUUUCUUUAGUUAACAAAAAAUCUAAUGAUGCACUCAAUGUAUUAGCGCAUUAUUUAAAACUUUUUGAUUCAGUAUGUAUCAGUGAACAUCGCUUUUUAUAUACUAAAUAUCAUCUAGUCUCAAAGAACAAUUUCACUGUUAUGUACAUACCAAAUUGUACCAGUAGCAAACUAUAAUUCUUAUUAGUAUGAAACAUGUAAAAGGAUCAGCUACGUUAUUCGUGUCAAUAAUUAAUAACGAUUCAAAUGUCCAAAAGAUAUAAAUAUUGAAUUAUAAGCGUUCUCCUUAUGUGCAGUAAACUGGCUAGCAGGAAACAAAAAAGUAACUAAAAGCGCACAUUGUACAAGAGUACUAUGGUUCAACUGAUUGUAGUUAGUAGGACACAACAAAUGCACAUUGAAAACAAAAAGUAAAAGAAACAUUGAGACUUGUAUCGAGGACGAAGACUGACCAUCCACGUCCAUGACCUGUUUUAAUUCUAGAAGAAAUUCAAGUGAGACAGAGAGAUAGUUAUUACUUGACUUACAUUGCAGGAAAGUGUUCUGCAAUACCAGUAAUGUUGUAGGUAACGAAGAAAGGCAAGUGUACGCUAUUAUACAUAGAUAUUAUGUAGAGUGUUGCAAGAAUUGAAAGCAAUACACACCAUGUACCCAUGUUUCUUAGUUACAGUAAUCAAUUUAUAUCGAAACCUCAUCCGCAAAAGUAUCUCUGACUUUUAUGGAGCUAAUUAGAACCUAUUUUAGUAAAUUGUAUGCUCGUUUAUUCUGUCCUGUUCUCCUACACCUGUGUCUUCUGCGAAAACCACAGGAUGUGCCAUAAUAUGAUUAUUCUUCUUUGAAAAAAAAAAAAAAA